GUCUGCCACAUCGGAUGGUAGGCCCCAACCUAACCUAACCUAACUAGAAUAUGUACGCUAAUCCAAAUCUAUUCAUUCUACUCUAAUAUUGAUCUUUCAGCAUCAACUUCCUCUUGCGAGUACUUAUGAGUUUCUGUUGCAUCGUCAUAGUACAAAUAUAGAAUCAGUUAUCUAUUUGUAAGGACUUGCUUUUUGCAAUUGUGUUCAUCCAGUGACAUCCGCGUGUAGUUGUAAAUCAUCUUUUUCUACUUUAAAUCAGUAACUGGUGCUCAUAACCACAAGUUGUCGAAGAGUUCUAUUAGUUCUAUUAGUAUUACAACAAAGGAUGCCCGCCGUCCCAUCAUCCACCAGGAGUAGAGAAGACUCUGCUCCUUGCGACGUCUCUACUUCGAAGAGAAGAGCAGGCCUCGCAGACGUUCCUCUUUCCGACUCACCUGCAGAACAACCUGCUUCCAAGAAGCUGGAAAAGUGCUUUCGAGGCACAGAAUCAAUAGUAAGCAAUGCAGAGCCCCCACGAAAUGCAGAGUCGAAAAAGUCUUUUUAUGAGCCGUUUCAUGGUAGAAAGUAGUGUAGCGCUACCAGCUGUAGGUCGUAGUCGUGUUUUUGGCUCUUCAGUAGCCACUAAAGUCUGCUGGUUUAUCUAGUGGACCCACACCUAACCCAUUCUUUUUAUCUCCUGACUCCUGCUCUCAACAUCAGCCAAUCCAUUCGUAUUGCUGUAGUCUCUCACUCAUCAAGUCCGCACCUCUUAUACUGUAUCUUUUAACCCCCGCUCUUGCUCCAAGUACAGGGUUAGUACAGUCGUAUCUCAAUUCACUCUCUAAUCUGUUCUUUCCUCGCAGUGGUUUCUUCUGCGGGAAAUGUGGAGACGAAAGGACCUUUUUGUGCCUAUGCUAGCGAUCUGGUCUGCCUCAUUUGGUGGCGCUUUGCAUGAGCCUGUAACCACCUUUUUCUUACUGCAAUUGGGCGCCUCAACAGCUGAACUGGGCAAUUUUGGAGCCAUUACAACUUUUUUAUGGCUCGCAGCUCUAGCUCAACACUACUUUCAGUAUUUUCUGUCCUUACUACAACAAAAAAGCAGCAUCGACGAAAAACUUCUAAUUUUGGGUGGCAUAUUUGCGACGCCAGUGUAUGGGUAUUUGAUGGACAAGGGUGAAAAAAAAUAUACCUUCCUAGCUUGUUGUUUUUCCGCCGCUUGUUGCGCAUUUGGCUGUUUGAUCAGAGGACUGGCACCUCCUGUGGUCACGCCAGAAGUUAUGUUGAAAGGAAAUAUAAAGGGUAGUACUCACCCUCAAGAAAAGCGGCAGUGUACUCAUCCUUAGAAAGUGUCUAGUUUCAUCUUGGGUCAAGUGAGUACACUUUUUCCUGUCAUAGAAGUGGAUCUGAGUGGUCACGUCACCAGCGUUUCUGAUUCAGCUGUAUGGUGAAAAAAUAUGUGAUACUUAGAUGAGAUUGAGAAAAGACCACGAGCACAACCGUAGUUUUAUAUAUUAGGGUGAAGUUGUAUUCGUAGCUUUUGUAAACGAAAAAAGGACAACUGUAGAAGCAAGCUUUGUCAUUCUCGUCUUCCAUCUUGAUCUUCAAUAAGUAGUUAGCUUUAGGGCCUGAUACGGAGGCCGUGCCUCUCUCAAUAAGAGCACUCUUUUCAUCAGCCAACACCACUCGUCUCUUAGUAAUCCACUACUUUCUACUGAACCAGCUGUAGCACCAUGUCUCAGUAAUCGAUCCACUACUUCACUCUCAAUGAUCACUACUAGGGCCAUCUGUUAGUUGUAAGAACUAAUCUACUACUACUGCUUCUUAGCACUUUAAUUCUCAAUCUAUCAAUAGAACCAGCUUUGGCCGCACCAGGAUUCGGUGGAAAAGAGCCUUUGCGUGACGAAGUGCGACUGUUAGGGAGCUGGAUUACAGGAGAAAGUCCAGAAGAUCUAGUAGAAGAUAUGCGACGCUUCUUGCCUCCGACAACAACAACAGCAGCAAGAGAGCUGGGUGCGACUUCGAUGUCUAGUAUGCUUAUGAAAGUAGAUGUCGAAUCCAUCGAAACUAUUAUUUCACAAAAGUUGUAGAUCCAUCUACUUAUAGUUAUUCGCUCAUCAAGCAGCUUUAUCUAAUUCUACGACCUUGUCGUCGUCUACUCAUAGAGGCUACUAUGUACUGAGGACGAUCCGAACUUCAUCCGAACUUAACACUUCAAUUUUUACAAAAAAAAAAAUCCUUUUUUACAAGGUACAAAAAAACACUUCCAUAGGCAUCCAAAAAGUUUUCUUCAGCUGAGGAGAACUUCUACCCUCACUAUUAUUUCACAAAAGGUGUAGAUCCGUACUUCCGAGAUUAGCAGCUUUAUCUAAUUCCACGACCUUGUCGUCGUCCAGGAACAAGCUGUCAUCUGGUGCCUUCCCCCUGUACCUGGCGCAUAUAGUCAUGGGCUUGGGUGCGGUGAACUUCUGGAAUGUAGUGGGAUCUUACGUAGCUCUGGCCAUGCCCCGGGAUUUGCGUAGUCUAACGGUGAGUGGCUUCCAAGUUCAAGUCGCGUCCCUGAAGCUGCUCGGCACGUCUCUCUACCCUGCAUUUGACACGACUCUGCAAACCAUUGGUAGGGCUACAAGUAAGUAAGUAAGACCCUCCAUAGAAGUAAGUAAGACUGCAAAGGAUUGGUAAGGCUAAUGCGACUCCGUUUUUUUAGCGCCCUUGUUCGUUUGAAUUCUUGGGGUUUUCCUACCUGUGUCAGAUUUGUUUAACCUUAAUAACGUGGUAGCAGGGCGAGCCCACUUCUGGUCGUAAAGCUAAAGGUGUAGAUCAACUACAAACCCCAUUGCGUUGAUCAUGCUUCUCUUCUUUUUCGUGCUUGAAAGACAAAGAUAAGAACAACUAAAACUAAAUCGGAUUGAAAUGCUCCACACGAGAUGAAGUUCUAAGAUCGAGGCAGAUGGAUUGGGCCUCAAUACGAAGGAAGAUCGGUUACUGCGAGACCGCAUACACAUGAGCGUCUGUAGUAUAUUUUGCGUCUUCGGUUUCUUCUACAUGCUCUUCUGCUUUCGCCCAGUGGAUAUCGGUGGUGAGGCAGAGGAGAAGACCAAACGUAAUAGAGUUAUGGGUGAAGGUAAUUCAUCUCCAAAGUCAUCUGGAAGAUAGAAUGAGACAAGACGAAUACCACGGGACCCAGAUAAUCCCGGAGAUUAAUUUCCUGCGCCUCUAAUACAAAAAAGGCAAUAGAACUAGAAGUGGCACAGGAGCAGGACAACGUCGUCAAGGACACAGGGAAAGAAGUAACUUCAGGGAAAGAAGUAAGGACACGGGAAAAAAGUAAUGUUGAGCAAGGCCUUGUCCAAUAUGAAGAGGGUCCUUUAUUUACAACGUCCCCCUUUGCUGCGACAUCCACCACGACUGCAGCUACAACGAUCGAAAGUACAGCAAUAUCAGAGCCAGAUAAUCCAGGUAACGACAACGCCAAACCUAACUAUCAAGAUGACCACAGACCUACUACGACUAGCACGAAUUCUCCACGACACACGAGCAGACUGAGACUGAGAAUAGUUCUUUCUCUCCUCUGUGUUGGCAUGGUUGUCCAAGCCUUUGGGGAGACGGUUGCUCGGGUCUUGUGGCCACUACAUGUGCGAGAGCAAUUCGGAUGGGACAGUCAUGAGCUAGCCUAUCUACAACUCGGCUCGCAAGUGGCCUUAUGGCUUGUUUUGAUGUGCGAUGCCUAGCUAGGGUUUGAGAGAACCCACAAAGGAUGUGGGCUCUAUUGAUCGGCAAUUGUUGAUUGCCAUUGUGACAACUGAUGAGAAAAUGAUAGAACCAACAUUCAAACAAGGUAGAUUCUGAAUCUCCUAACACUACCACAACUUCUAUGUGAGGUAGGUACUAGUAUGAUCUAUCAGAAUAACUUCGUCUUCAAGCAAUAAUUAAGUUAAAAGUCGCUCAGGCGUCAAAAGAUACCUCCAGAACACGAUGAAUGAAUGAGUGAACAAGAAGAUCAUGAAGGGAGUUUUUCAAUCACAUUGUUUGAUGGCCUACUGACGAAAUUUUUGGUGUAAUCCUGAUCACUGUGAUGGGCCCUCUCACUCCCCCCGUAGUGCUCAUUUAUUCUUCCUCCUCGCUUCCUCUAAUACGAGUAAUCCUUGCAACAGUCAGUUAUCCGCCUUUGGUCUCCUCCCUCGGUCGCAAAUGCACAGCAUCGGCACUUCCGCUAUUUGCAGGCUUCACCUUGUUGACAGCCUUCUUACAACCAGCACAACUUGUUCUAUUUUAUGGGACGUCCGAGAUGGCCGUGAAUUAUUUGGAUUCAUAGAGUAGUGUCUCUCAAACUCAAACCACACAUUUCUUGGUGUGUUUUCUGCUACAGCUUCACGUCUAGUAAUAAAGAAUUGGAAUCUUCUUGGCUGGCGCUGAAGCACGUAGCAUGGUGAAAUGGACAAGCCCGGCUCUUUUAGGGUGGAAUUUCUCUUCUGCGGGGAAGACCGAAUAGCGAUAAAGUGAAGAUUUAGAGCAGCACUUCUUAGAUUUAGAGGCCUUCUAAUCCACAUCUACCCAUCUUCAAGAAGAUGUUGAAAGCCAAAACCUCCUUUUUCCUUUCCGAGAAACUUUCAGCGCAAAGCAGCUAUGUUCGAUGCUACACACCGUCAACGUCCUGCUGUUCUUGGCAGCUUCGGUUAAGGCUCAAACCAAGUCAUUUCUGCAAUCCAGUCCUCCCUAUUUCCUUCUCAGGAUUGGGAGAAAGGUACGCAAGAAAUGAAGCGUUUUGCGCUCUAAGUCUACAAUCCUGAAGGUUUGCUUUCAGCACGUCGCAACGUUAGCAGCGCCUCCAGCGUAUCAAGGUCGGCUCUUCUCUGCUUUGUUAUGGAUGAUGUAGCUCUUUUUUUUUGGUUCUGUGGUCGACGUUCAAGGGGAACUAACAAAUUGCAGAGCAGCUUCUCGUUCUUUAGGGCAAUCUGGAAUUUUCACUUUGCUACAACGACCACUUAUAAUACGCUUCUAGAAAGCGAACUAGAAUUUUUAUUUUUGUAUACUUAUUUCCCUAUGAAGAUAAUUGUUUGUCAUUUUCCCUCUAAUAACAGCAGUACUCUCUUCAAUUGGCACGAUCUUGGGAAAUUUGGUAGGCACAAGAUGGUCUUCGGCGCAUCAAGGAGACUCUUUGUUGCUGUUAUGACCAAUUUAGACGAGUUUUUAUAUGGCUGGAGCCAUUUUCAUCCAUUUUAUUGCGAUAUCAGAAGCCGAUGAGCACUGCUGUGUAUUUCUAGUCCGUCUGACUGCUCCUGCUUUUCCCUGAUGUUGUAACUAAUGUCGUUCAUCAUGAUCUACUUCAGUAGUUGAAUCAUAGCUCUUCUUCUUCCAGUUCAUCCGUGCUUUCAUCUUGCUCUAAAACUCGCAGAUGCGCCGUUUCUGCUAUCUGCAGGGCUCUUUGUGGUCAUAGGUGCAGCAAAUGGAUGGCUGCUCACGCGUAAUAUCGGAAGCGAUUAAUGAUUGAAGAAAGCUUUCUACAAGCGGACACCUCCUCCUGUGGUCCGUCGUGCGUACGAAGUGCAUUAAGUAAAAUAUGAAGAAACAACAUCGAAGAUGUUGAGAGGAACACGGUAUUGCAGCAAGAAAUGAAUGAAUCUUUCCCACAAGAAGGAAAGGGAUACGGAUCAAAAUAUGAGAGACUCACUGUACCACCUUUCAAGAAGAACUACAAGAAGGAAAACUGCUAUCUAAGACGAUGUCAAAAUGACUUAUUGUUGUACAUGUACAUGUUCAUGUUGUGAGUGGAGCUGGAGGUGAGCAACCCCUUUGUAAACAC